UCUCUCUUUCUUUCCUUUUUCAUUUUUGUUUUCAGAUCCAAACACAAUUUCCCACCUAUAUAACACUUGUGUUUUCACCCCAGUUGAUGCACACAACAAUCAUCUCUUCCAAUUCCCAGCUCUCUCUCUCUCUCUUGAUUCCGUUUCGAUCUUAAAACAUGUGGUUUAACUCUUCUGGACGUGUUUGCAAGCCACGGCAUAAUGUUCGUGUUCGAAGGCUCGACAGGUUGAGAAGAUUAAGGAAGGAAGCGAGGACAAAGAAGACGGAGGUCGGCGUUAAAACAGAUAUGCGAAUGAAGAACUUGAAACUAUACGUGCAUAAUCAGAUCAUCAUAGAGGAAAACGAGAGGCUGAGAAAGAAAGCCCUUCUCCUUCACCUGGAGAACCAAACACUAUUGGCUCAGCUACGAAAGAAGUUCUCUGCUACCUGCCUACCCAGAAUCAGUUCUCAGAACCAUGAAAAUACCACCUUUAAUAUAUACAUAUAUAUAGAGAAAGAGAGAGGAAGAAUUAGAGGACUAGUUGGUUAAGGAGGGGGUGUUUCUUUAUUUCUUUGUUGUUUAUCUUUGAUUUUGGGGUUUUGAUGGGUAUUUUAUGUGUCAAUGAUGGGGGUAUAACAUGGAGU